AUGUUAAUCACUUACUAUUUUUUAAUAUCACUUUCAUUCAUAUUUAAUAUCACAAAUUCUCAAUCAAUAUCAUUCAACAGUCAACAACAAUCAGAUCUUUUAGUUAAAAUUAUAUCAGAUGUUAAAACAAAUCAACAAGAAUAUCAAAAUUUUUUUCAAACUGCUGAAAAUGUUCCAAUACCAUUAAAUUUAAUUGGUACUUUAAAUCAAUUAAAAACUUAUACUGAUGAUUCUUAUAUUAGCGGGUUAUUAACAAAUUCUGAAAUUAUUUCUCAAGUUGAUAAUAUUGCUACUCAAUUACCUUGGUAUAAUGAAAGAAUUGCUGAUAGUAAUAUUCCUUCAUUAUCUACUACUGCAAAUUCGGGAUCAUCGGGUUCAGCACAAGCUUCAAGUGGUUCAGGAAGUGGAUCUAGUAGUAAUAGUGGAAAUUCAGGUGCACCUUCUAAAAAAAUUGGAUUGUUUGAUUCUAUAUCGAUUAGUUUAAUUUGUGGAUUAUUAUUGUCUAUUUAA